AUGUCCGAACACCCUACACCCGAAGAGACUCUGCCCGCUGCAGCAAUUGUUGCCCCAGCUCCAGUGAAUGAAACGGAAUCUAAAGUUGUAGAGAUGACAAAUAACCUUCCUAAAUCUGAAGAACAGCAUACUGCAGCUCCAGCAACUGAACAUGAGCCCACAACUGAAGAGGCCGCCACAGAAACUACAGUGAAGGAUGUAGAGAAACCACAAGACUCUCCGAAAAGACUUUUAAAGGAGUUCCAACAGAAAUUCGCAGGCGUCUUUCCAAAGAAGACCACAGAUGGCAAGAAGGAAGAGAAGAAAGCAGAGCCAACUGAAUACAAAGAAAAGAAAACCGAAGAAAAAGAGUCAAAAGAUCGUUCUGCAUCGAAGAAGCGGAACUCUCUAUUCAACGGUUUCGGUAUAGGUGCUAAGAAGGCUGAUAAGCCUGCCGAUGAUGUUCCUCCUACCCCAGACGCCACAACCGAAUCAGUUACGCAACCUAUACAGCACGUUGAACCGGUAGAAGAGCCUGCUGCUGCCCCCGCCGUGGAAGAGCCUGCACCCGUUGAAAUCCUAGAAAGACCAGUACCCACCAAGCGUUCGAGUAUAUUUGGAACUUUAAAAAAUCAAUUCGCGAAGAAGGAAAAGAUAACGUCCCCUCUUCCCACACCCAACAAAGAUACUGAAACGCCCACCACUGUCGCACCUGUAAUCCCAGCCGUAGGCUCCGCUGAACCGGUAGAAAAGGAGGUCCCUGCAGCAGACAGUGCUGUUGAACAGCCAGCUAGUUCCGAACUCAAGGCCGACAAGAGUUCCAAAGUCGAGAAGCGGAAAAGCUCCUUGUUAGGAUUCGGACCCAAAUCCAUGACAGAGAAAGCCGUAACAAGCGAUGAAGAGACUGAGAAGCCCCUUUCUCCGUUUGCCAGAUUCAGAGCCACUGUAAAAUCUAAAACAUCAAAAAACCUUGGCGACAAGAAGUCUGAAAAGUUGGACACGCCAGAAAAUAAGGUUGAAGAAAACGACGUUCAAGAAUCCGUAACCAUCAACCCGGAGCACGCGGUCUCUACGUCUAUAAAUCCCGUGGCAGCAUCUGCUUAG